UGGGCUCCACCACCACCAUCACCACCACCACCACCACCUCGUCAUCGUCGGAGGAGGAGGAGGAGGUCGCGGCACUCAUGGCCUCGCGCUCGGCAGUCCUCUCCGUGCUCCGCUCGGCCACCGACGAGUCCUCGCGGCUCUCCGCCUCGGGCGCCGGCCUCCUUGCCCUCCGCGGCGGGCCCCUCCUCCCCUCCGCCUGCUCCGCCGCCGCUUCCCUCCGCUCCCUCGCCAUCUCCGCCCGCUCCCUCCACUCCCGCAUCGACCGCGCCCUCGCCCCCUCCCUCCCCCUCCUCCGCUCCUUCGCCCUCGUCGACUCCCUCCACCGCCGCCUCCUCCUCCCCUCCCACUCUCCCUCCCUCCUCCCUUACCUGGACCUCGUCGACCGCCUCGGCCCCGCCGUCGCCGCCACCGCCGACGGCUGCGGCCCCGCCGUCCGCCGUCUCCAGGAGGCCGUCGAGUUCGUCGCCCGCACCAAGGCCGCCGACCGCCCCCGCCGCCGCCGCCUCGUCGCCGCGCACACUGCCCUCGCCGCCAUCUACGAGUCCGAGCUCGAUGCCAUGCGCUUCGAGGGCCCGCUCGACGAUGCCCUCGUCCGCCUCCAGGACCGCUACGAGGCCCUCCUCCGCCGCCUCAAGCACCCUCCCCCUCCCUCCCCUGCCACCGCCGACGACCAAUCGGACAGCCCGGAUCAGAUCGAGGACUCCGAUCGGGUACAAUCGCUGCUGGGAUCGGAGGAGGAAGUCGAGGUGCUCCGGCGCAUCUCCGAGACCCUCGCCGCCAACGACUGCGUCGAUAUCUGCAUCGACAUCUUCAUCAAGGUGAGGUAUCGGAGGGCGGCGAAGGCGCUGAUGCGGCUGAACCCGGCGUACCUGAAGACGUACCCGCCGGAGGAGAUUGACGG